CUAUAGAAGAGAAUUGAUGGGAAACAUAGAUAUAUAAGGGAGACCCUGCAUGAGUCAAUGAGUCUGCCCUCUUGAAGCCUUCGUCAACUGCCAGCAUCACCAUGCGAGCUGCUGUUUUGCUAUGUCUAUUGGAAGAUGCCUUAAUUCGGGCCAAUAUGUAUGCCUGGAGGGGACAGGUGGUUGAUUCCAAAACGGAAAAUGGGGUCGUGUGGUUGCUGUCUGAUGCAGCAGCAGAUACAAAGGAUGAAGAUGUGACUGAGCUGGAGCAGGAACUGACAAAAACAAAGAACAUUCUCAACAAUAUCAGAGCCAGCCGCAGUGCCUUCUCUGUGUCUCUAAUCAAUGAAAACAACUUCAACUGCUCUGGCCCCUUCCCUGACGACAAACUCAUCCCUUACAAACACGUAUCAAUCAAUCUGGGUGAUAGCUACAGUACAGACACUGGUAUCUUUACUGUUCCUCGCUCUGGUGUCUACAGCCUGGCCCUCACCAUCUACAGUGACGCCGGGGCUCCUGGCAACACGUUGGCCGCCUGCGCCAGUCUGCAGGUUAACGGCCUGGUGGUGGCAGGAUCCAAAGACAGAAAUAUGCAAGACCAAGAGGACAGCGCCACUAUAGUUGUGGCCCUCCACCUGAAUGCUGGGGACGAGGUGGCUGUCAACCUGCCCAUUGGAAGUUUCCUCUGCGAUGACAACAGCCACUAUUCACUUGCUGUAUGCUACUGAUUAAGUUAGGGAAAUGUAGCUGCCCUUGGAUUUGUACCAACUCUUGACCUCCUGAUGAGGUUUGAGUCUGAUACAUGAAAUCUUUCUGUGGUGAGAAGUGUGCUUUUUAGUCUUGAAUAUAUCUUCUCUAUUGCUAUCUUUAAUCCAUCUCAACACAACGUCCUCAUCUUUACUUCAAAAACCUUUAGACCCUAUAUUAUCUUUUGACAGAUGCAAUUAUUUAAAUCCACAUUUCUGAAGCCUUCUAAAUAACAGUUCAAAAUGUUGUAUAUCUUUUAACCUAUUCCCCAUAACAACUAACUAAUGCCAUGCAGUCUGAGUAACUUGGUUCUUGUGAAUUAAACUGUGUCGUUUACUGAUUUUAUGUGACAUGUAUGAUUUUUUUUUUUUUUUUUUUAUGUGGACAAAAUAAACCAGGAUUCUCAAC